CCGGUAAAAGUGAAAGAAAAACAAACGAACCUGUAACUCUACGUUUUGCACGGGGAAGUGAUUUUUGUGAAGUUUUGUGUCGGCAUAACAUUCCGUUGGUAAAAGUUUAGUGCUAAUUUAGAAUAUGGACCGAAAAGAAACACGAGUUCAUUUCCGCAAGACGUUCUGUCUCUCCAUCGCCUAACGCCAUGAGGUUAUUGGAGGUUAUGAUGGCCUGCUGCACUCCUUUCUCUCUCUCUUUGUUCAACUUGUUGUUCCCUUCUGCAUCACUCUUCCUAAGUUGCUUGAGCCGUGGACCCUCUUCAAAGAAGCGAUGCAGGGCUAGUUGCCGUGUCUUGCCGAGGGGUGGUGGAUGGACACUCCCACCUGACCGCGACUAAAACUGCCACCGGGCGCCGCCGGGGGUGAGGGGUCGGCCCCCGCACAGAGCAGAUUAAAUGGCACGAUGGUGGGCGCGGGGGCGGGCGUGCGGCCCUGGGUCCUCGUCCUGGCCGCCCUCAUGGCUGCCCUGGCCGUCUCCUCGACCGCCUGGCACUCGGACAGAAAGCCGCGGCUGUAUGGCGAUCGGAUCUCGAAGCAGCACCUGACGCCGAUCCACAAGCACGUCCAGGAGAAGAUCGUCCUGUACCACAACUUUUUUCGCGCCAACGUCGAGCCGUCGGCGAAGGACAUGCUCCUCAUGAAGUGGCACGGUGAGUCUGCCCGGGCAGCGCAGCGCUGGGCCGAGGACUGCCGCUUCCUGCAGCACGACAACAUCACGGGCCGCUGGAUCGACAAGUUCGGCUCCUGCGGCCAGAACAUCUUCGUCUCCACCCACCAGGUGCCCUGGUUCUUCGCCGUGGAGACAUGGAACCUGGAGAAGCGCAACUUCACCUACGGCGCGGCCACCAACAACCUGACGCUGGUGGGCCACUACACGCAGCUGGUGUGGUCCUCCUCGCACGCCGUCGGCUGCGGCUUCCACAAGUGCCCCCGCGGCGGCAACAGGGGCAAGCCCUACUACGCCUACGUCUGCAACUACUGCCCGAUGGGCAACCACAUGCACCGGCUGGGCCGUCCCUACGAGAGCGGCGACCGCUGCGGGGCGUGCCCCAAGCGCUGCCACAAGGGCCUGUGCACCAACGCGUGCCCGGCGGCCGACCUGUGGGCCAACUGCAAGGAGCUGUACGCGUCGUGGCCGCACUGGCUGUGCCGGACCGGCACGCCGCAGGGCCGGCAGCGGCUCGAGCACUGCAGGGCCACCUGCCGCUGCCGGAACCGCAUCACCUAA